AUGAACGUCAAGUCGACAGUGAAACGAUUCCUUCUCAUGUCGUUUUCACUCUCCCACUUGCUGUUACUUGAGGGAGCACAGAGCCAACUUUCAGUGGCAGAGGGAAGAUCACAGAGGAGGGCUAAUGCACUUAGGAGGAAACGGGAUCUCUUUGGGGAGGAGACGUACAGACCAUUGCUGUCAGAAGGUACUCUGUCACGCAGCAUUUUGCACAACUACACAGCUAGAGAUGCCUCUUCAGAGGACUGCGGCUGUCUUAAUGGUGGUUGGUGUCAGGAGGGUGGUGUGUGUGAUUGUGCUCAGUUCCAGGCAUUGGGAGACCGCUGCCAGAUCAUACCUAACCAGGGCCAGGAUAGAGAUGGGAUCUGCAGAUCUUGGGGUCAGCACCACUAUGAAACAUUUGAUGGAAUCUACUUCUACUUCCCUGGAACCUGCUCUUAUGUUCUGGCCCAGGACUGCCACUCAGCUCCGCCACAGUAUACAGUGUGGAUUCACAACAGCAGGGUUUGUGAGGGGAGUGUUUAUUCUUGUCCAAGAGCUCUCAGUCUGUUCUUCCCAAACGAGGAGGAGAUUCACAUCUCUGGAUAUCAGGUCCACCAAGGAGGUCGCAGGCUCAGUUUGCCUCAGACUGUUGGAGGAGUGUUUAUUGAGCGGCUUGCUGAUUACUUGCUUGUGAAGAGUGUGUUUGGCUUCUCUUUGGCCUGGGAUGGAGACUCAGGUGUUUACCUGAAGAUGAGUGAAGAGCAUCUUAGUGCCCCAUGUGGCUUGUGUGGGAAUUUUAACCACAUCCCGGGUGAUGACAUCACCACUGCUCGUGGGAUUCAAACAGAUGAGCCUGCAUUGUUUGCUAACAGUUGGGCAAUAGACCUCCCUCAUGAGCGUGCUUGUCCAUCAGUAGAUCUGGACUUCGAUGGGCCUUGCCAUUCUGAGUCAGACAUGGAUGAUGCCAUAGAGAAAUGCAGUGCACUUCUCUUCUUCCCUUUUAUGUCUUGUCAUGAAAACAUUGACCCAAACCCCUUUGUUGCCAGCUGUGUGUCUGACCUCUGUGUGUCUGAUGAUGAGGAAACGUUUUGUCGCGCCUUGGUUGAGUACACCCGAGCCUGCUCACAUGUCGGUUAUCCGGUAAGAGAGUGGAGGGACAGCUUCCCCUCGUGCAAUGAUGGCUGUGAGGAGAGCUUUGUCUAUCGAGACUGCAUAAGUUGUUGCCCACCCACCUGUACAUUUGAGAAAGAGUGUCUAGGAACUAACCUGCAUUGUUUGGAUGGUUGCUAUUGUCCCGAUGGUCUUAUCUUACAGAACGGAACUUGUAUCGCUGUCUCCCAGUGUCCUUGUGUUUACCAUGGGACAUCAUACAUACAAGGACAAGUUCUUCAACAGGGUUGCAGUGUUUGCGUGUGCAUGGGAGGAGUAUGGAACUGCACUGAGAAUAACUGCACUGCUGAGUGUUCAGUUGUAGGUGAUGUGUUCAUGACCACGUUUGAUGGCAGAAUGUUUCUUCAGCCGGGGGCAUGUCAAUACGUUCUGGCAAAGAGCCGCAGCAGGAACAGAUUCACUAUCACACUGCAGUAUACUACCUGUGCAGAGCAGCAGGUGUGUAUUCAGUCAGUGACGGUGGUUUUGGAUGAAGAUGGGAGUCGCCAGAUCACCUUGACAAGAGAAGGGGAGGUGAUAAUUGGUGUCAACCCAGCACCUGCCCUGCCCUAUGUUAAUGAUGCAGUUGAGGUGCGCAGGCUGACCUCUGUGUUCACCCAGCUCAAGGCAGAGAUUGGUUUUAGAUUGUAUUAUGAUGGACGAGGGGGCCGGAUCUACUUGCAGCUGGACAGCCUGUGGCGUGGCCAGACGUUGGGCCUUUGUGGAACAUUCAAUGGAAAUCUACGAGAUGAUUUCCUAUCUCCAGCAGGUAUGAUAGAGGGCACUCCUCAGCUUCAUGCCAAUGCUUGGAAGGUGUCAUCUGCUUGUGUUGCUCCUGUUAAUUUGCCCAUUAUAGACCCAUGCGAGAUGAACCAGCACAAUGCUUUCUAUGCGUCCCAGUGCGAGGUGCUUUUAGGGAGUGCAUUUGCUCCUUGUCAUGGCUACAUCAGUCCAAACAUCUUCCAGCAGCAGUGCCGCUACCAGGCCUGUCGCUGUGGGAGCAGCUGUAUGUGCACUGCACUGGCUCACUACACUUAUCUGUGUUCCAAACAUGGCCUUGACAUUCAUUUCAGAUCUCAAGUCUCUGAAUGUGGAGUAGUAUGUCUUGGAGGUAUGCUGUACCACUCAUGUGUGUCAUCCUGUGGCCAUUCCUGCCGUGCACUGUCAAGCAGUGAGGAGUGUAACUCUGAUGACUGUGCAGAGGGUUGUGGCUGCCCAGAGGGCAGUUACUAUGACGAUGUGCGCCAGCGCUGUGUGCAGCUAUCACAGUGUCACUGUUACUCCAUGGGUGGUGUGUCGCAGCCAGGGGAGGUGACCUUCAGUGCAUCUGGUCCUUGCUUGUGCAGAAAUGGGAAGAUGGAGUGUGAGCCAGAGGAAAAAGAACCAGAUCGUGUAGAGGUCGGGGAGUGUCCAGAAGGAAAGGUCUAUCACAGCUGCACUGAGCAGAGAGGAGGAGUGGCCUGUGCACCAACCUGCCAUAACCUGAUGCUGAACGUCACCUGUCCACCCAACACACCAUGCAUACCUGGUUGUGUCUGCCCUCCUGGGCUGGUGCUGCAUCAGGGGGAGUGUUACUAUCCAGAGAAUUGUCCCUGUGCUUGGCUCGGACUUGAGUACCUGCCUGGACAAACUGUGGAAACGUCUUGCUACAGAUGUGUUUGCCACCGGGGCUUUUUUAAUUGCACAUACUCUCCAUGUCCAGCUGUGUGUACUGUUUACAGCGACAGGCACUAUCACACUUUUGAUGGCCUUGAGUAUGAUUACCGCUCUGACUGCCAGGUCUAUCUACUGAAAAGUGUUGGAGAAAUGGAUGUAUCCAUUGUUGCCCAAAACAAGGACUGCUAUGAGAGUGGCAUUGUGUGCAUGAAAAUGCUGGUCAUUCACGUGGGACUUACCAAGAUCUACUUCACUGACAACUCUGGCAAUCCCAGCCCUUCCACUGUUGUGGGUCGACGGUCAGAGUUUGAGCUGUGGAAAGCAGGCUACUACACCGUUGUCCACUUCUCCAAUCAGGAUCUGACCAUCCUCUGGGACCGCAAGACAACGGUCCACAUCAGAGCGGGGCCUCGGUGGAAGGGCCUUUUCAGUGGCCUGUGUGGCAAUUUUGACAGUGUGACAGUGAAUGAUAUGACCACAUCCAGCCACAUGGAAGUCAAUAAUGCACAGACCUUUGGAGACAGCUGGACCCUGGGACAGUGUGAAAGUGACUACAUAGUUGAGCGACCGUGUGAAGGGGACUUAGGGAGACAGCCAUAUGCUAAAAGGGAGUGUGCUGUCCUCUACAGUGAUGUCUUUGCACCAUGUCACAAUGUGGUUGAUGUGGCCUGGUUUUAUAAGAACUGCCUGACAGACACUUGCAGUUGUAACCGUGGGGGAGACUGCGAGUGUCUCUGCACAUCCAUUGCCGCAUAUGCACACAAAUGCUGUCAACAGGGGGUCACAAUUCACUGGAGAUCUCCCUCCGUCUGUCCUUAUGAUUGUGAAUACUAUAAUCAAGAGCUAGGUGAUGGCCCAUUUUCCUUGGUGAGUGCUGGCCCUAACAACCCUAUGUUUGGAGUGAAUCGCACCAGCAGCUCAGUAUUUCCACUGGUGAGAGAGAGGCCAGGGCAGAUGCCUGCCCCAGGCCUGUUGUUCAACUUCAUGAUCACUGUAGGGCUGCAGAAGGACAGAACAUCACGUGUCCCCAUGGUGUCACUGGAGUCUGCAGAGAGACCAAAUUAUUUUCUUGCAGUGUCUGGGCGCAGUCGUCUUCAGUUGGAACAGUGGAGUCGAGAGGUGGAGUUCAGACGUAGAACAACUUUUAUCCAGCACCAGGGGCUGUUUCUACCGGGUUACACCUCGUUUGAGCUCAUCAGCCAACCUGGAACCUUUCUGACACUUACACGCUCCGCUGCCCGAGCCCAGAGAUAUGACUCCUCAGAGGGCUUCAAAGCCAGCAGCAGCUUCACUCUAGAGGAGAGCUCUUUUGUAAUUCCCUACCGUAUGAUGUGUGAGUGGCGCUACCAGGCCUGUGCAAGCCCUUGUGUUCGCACGUGCAGUGAUCCAGAUGCCACACGCUGCCAUUUCUUACCUCCUGUUGAGGGCUGCUUCCCACGUUGUCCCAAGACUAUGAUCCUGGAUGAAAUCACACGAAGAUGUGUGUACACAGAGGACUGUGUGUCCCUUCCUCCAACUCCAACACCCUUUGCAUAUGUGGCACGGUCCAACAGAACUACCACAGAACCACCAACAACAACCACCACUACCACAAGUCCUACAACCAGAGCAACAACUACCUCCCCCACUACUGUCGGACUCACAACAACACUGCCCACUACCACUCCCACUUCGCCCAGCACAACCUCAACCACUGAGUUCGUCCCCUUAACUCAAUCCACAUCUCCUCCUCCCACUCCAACUACUCUUGUUUCUACCAGUCCCACUCCUUCAACCCCACUAGAGACAACCGCUUCCACAACAACAGAAAUGAUUCCCACACAAACUACAGCAGCAGCCUCCACUGCAACCACUACCUCUCCAACCCCUACUACUUCUGCUUCCACCCCUUUGUCCACCACUGCUACACCGACCACACCAUCCUCAGAAACAACCACUCCACCUCCUUUAACAUCCCCUACCAUCCUCUUACCAGCCACCACUGUCAUGACAACUGCCCUCACCUCCACUGUUCCUGAAACCACCACAGAGUACACAACCCCUCCUCACACAACACCAGCAGAAUUGACCGGCCCAAUGGAAACCACUACUCCAAUGGAAACUGAGACAACCAGUGAGACCACUACUGAGACUACAAGCACAGAGAUGGUCACAAGCCCCAAAACCCUGCCUAUAACUGAGGAAGCAUCGACCACACUUCCAUUCCUCUUGCCUGCUACUCCAUGCACACCUCCCUUCUCCUAUCGUAUUGAUGAGUGUGCAGAGCUGAUCUGUUUCAAUGGAGAGCUGCUUCUUCACAAUUCAUCCCUCCACUGUCGCUACAACACCACCCCACCCCAGUGCAGUCUGCUGGGACUUCCUGUUCUCAUCAACACAGACCCCUGCUGUCCACAGUGGCAGUGCCCAUGUCGCUGUACGGUGAUGUCAGACUUGCGUGUGAUCACUUUUGAUGGUAAUAACGUGGCCUUGUAUGACAAUGGCUCCUACAUCUUGGUUAGCCUGCCUGGAGAGACCAUAAUUGGUGUUGUGGAGAAAUGUCCAACUAGUCAGAGUGUGAACUCCAUCAGACGAACUAGUCCUACAGGUGGAACAUCUGGUCUCUGUUUUAAGAAGCUAAACAUUACAACCUCCUCAUACAGAGUCAUUAUCAACCGACUAGAUCGUAAGGUGACAGUAAAUUACAGACCCGCUAAGCUCCCAUUCUCACGCCACUCAUUUUAUGUGGAAGACACAGGCAGCAUGUACCUGAUCCACACUCCUGGCCGGGUCAGCAUACAAUGGUAUCAUAGCACGGGUAUUAUGGUCCUGCAGUACAAUGCCCCAAGUAAUGUAUCUGUACCCACUCAAGGGCUGUGUGGAUGUUGUGAUGGCAACCCGGAAGAUGACCUGAAGCUGCCCAACGGCACAGUGGUCAGAGAGGUUGGAGACAUGAUGCUAUUUCUGCAGGCGUGGAUGGUCCACAUCACUGAUGAGACUGAACACACACGCAGAGUUGGGGACAACUGCACUACAGGGGACUGCUCCACGUGUAUCUCUAUGCUUCGCCAAAGAGCCUUCACACCAUGUCAUAGCAAGGUGCCUCCAGAGCAGUUCUGUGACAUCAUGUGGGCAGGAGACUUGCACUACAAAGAUCACCAGUGUGACUUUCUGGCAGCCUAUGUCGCAGUCUGCUACACACAUCAAGUCUGCAUCACUUGGAGACGACACAAUUUCUGCCCAUUGCGGUGUCCGCCUGGAAAAGAGUAUCAGCCGUGUGUGAGCACCUGCACCAGCCGCACCUGUCUGAACAGAGACUACUAUGAAGAGAAGACCUGCUCUUUCAUCAGAGAGGAGUGUGUGUGUCGCAGUGGAACAAUCCUGCACCGUGCUGACUCCCCUUAUUGUGUAACUGAAGACCGCUGUGUCUGCACUGAUAAUGAAGGGAACCCCAGGGGUCCAGGUGAGGUGUGGAAUGGCUCCAUCCGUAGCUGCUGUCUGUAUAAGUGUAUGGAGAAUGGAUCUGUGGUAGCUGUCGAACCAGACUGCAGUGCUGUUCCCACACCGCUGUGUGAGAGAGAGGGAGAAUACGUGCUAGAUGUACUGGAAGAAGGAGCCUGUUGUCCAAACAAGAUCUGUGAAUGCAACAUGACCAUCUGUAACAGUGAAGUUCCACCUUGUGAUAAUGGUGACAGGCUAGUGAUUGGUUACAGCACGCUGUCCUGCUGUCCAGAGUACCGAUGUGAGUGUGACCCCACGGCGUGUCCUCCUGUGUCUACCCCCGACUGCAGGGAGGAUCAAUUCCUUGUUGAGGUCAGGGGUCAAAAAUCCUGCUGCUACUCUUACCUGUGUGUAUGUGAGUCAUGUAUUGAGCCCAUUCCAACUUGCUCAAAUGGACAAAUCCUGGCUGUUGAUAUAAACACAACCAACAGCUGCUGUCCGGUGUAUUAUUGUGUGUGCGAUGUGAAUCUAUGCCCUGAAUCAUCUGUGAGAUGUGCACCUGGUCUCUCUUUGGUUCAAACUGCUGUUCCCGGUCAUUGCUGCCCCCAGCAUCACUGCGAAUGCAAAUGUGAGGACAUCAUUCUUCCCAUAUGUCAGAUGGGGGAGGUGCUGAUUGAAGUUCCAGACAGCAGCACAAACUGUGGCUGUCCUCUGCAUACAUGCCAAAAGUCUGACGUGUGUGUAUUCCAAGGGCUAACGAUACUGGGCCCGGGCCAGUCUCUGGUUCAGUACUUUGAGGGAGAACUGUGCUACACUGUCCAGUGCCUGCAUAACAAAGAUCCACACACAGGCUUCUAUGCCAUGGAAGUCACCUCUGUCAACUGCUCGCAAAAAUGUGGACCACACCAGGCGUAUGCACCGUCCAUAGACCCUCAGGUUUGCUGCGGCUCCUGUAAAAAUAUUUCCUGUACUUUUACCAACGAAAAUGGGACAGCAGAGUUUUUCACUGCCGGGAGUUCCUGGGUGGAGAACUGUACGCGUUAUGACUGUAUGGAGACGGCAGUGGGAGCAGUGAUACUCGCCUCUGGGGUGGUUUGCCCUCCUUUUAAUGAUACAGAAUGUAUUCAGAGUGGGGGUGUUGUUCAGAGCUAUGUGGAUGGCUGCUGCAGGACAUGUUCUGGAGUGGGUGUUUUACCAUUUACCUUUAACCCCAUAACACCCACUGGUAGUACUAACUGUGACACAGGUAAAGAAGAUGGCAAGACAUGCAAACGUGUGGCUAUUCGGACUACAAUUAGAAAAGACGACUGCAGGAGCAAUGCACCGGUUACAGUGUACUCUUGUGACGGGAAAUGUCCAUCUGCCACCAUAUUCAACUUCAACAUCAACAGUCAUGCCAGGUUUUGUAAGUGCUGCCGUGAGAGUGCUCUACAAACCCGCACUGUCACACUCUACUGCUCUCGCAAUGCUACAGUUGUGGAGUAUUACUUCCAAGAGCCUUUGGACUGUUCCUGCCAGUGGAACUAAAACAGCUUGAAAUAGUAUGUCUAAAAGCAUGGCAAAUGAAGAGAAUGUACGAAUAAAAGGGUUGAAGAGAGAGCACAUAGGCUGAUAGGGGAUAUAACCAGCCAUGCUUCAUUUUCUCAUAAUAGCACACUUUGCAACGCUAACCUUGAGUUAUACUGUAUUUGUUACUGCAAGAUGCUGAAAAAAACUGAUGUAAGUGGAAAAUUAUUUUCAAGUAGUUUAUCUGCACUUUAGUCUAUUUUUAUUAAGAUGAAAUGCUGU